AUGUCUCUUUCACUUGAGCAUAUAGAUGCUUGUCUUCCCAUAACGGGACUAAAAGCACUUAUUCUGAGUAAUAACGGCGACAGACUCGUGUUGCAAGGCCAAGGGCCUUAUUCCCGCUUGAUUGAUGAACAGAGCGGGAGGCUCCUUGCGGAACUGAGAACUUUUAAAAGAAACAAUGUUCAUGGGUUUCUGGUUCUUCGACAAUGUCUGCUGGAAGCUGAUGAGAAGAAGGAACAUGUUCAUCUUUUAUGCUGGGGAGGGCAGUCUCUCCGGGUUAUCGAUUUAGUUGUUUCCAUCCAAGAGAGAACGGCGGAAGCUUCUUUGAUUCCUGCUACUGCGGAGUAUUUGGCUCCCGAUUGGAUUUUGAGUGGAUGUGUUCCUUCUUCUUCUAUUGAUGAUGAUGGGAAGAGGAGUAUGGCAGCAGUAGCUAGGGCUUGUCUUGUUACUGCUCACAAUGCACUGCUCGAUCUACAAGUGGAAGAUAUGGAAUCUUCCAGGUACGGGAAGGGCAUUCGUCUCCAACAACUUGAGACGGGGGUCAAGUCGAUUCUAUAUUCUGCUGAUUCAGUUUCGCUUUCUCCGACUCAUAUUUUAGUCGCUGCUGGAACUGUAUUCGGUGAGAUCAUCGUGUGGUCGUGCUUCCUGGAUGAUCUCAAGAACACAGAUGGCGGUAAUGCUAUUUUGUCCAGUUCCAUUCAUCACUUCUUCACUGGACAUGAGGGGUCAAUCUUCGGCGUUGAGAUCUCUCCGAACAUCCCUGCUUUGCAUGGAAGCCAGUCCGGCCGGCUUCUGGCUAGUUGUAGCGACGACAGAACCGUUAGGAUAUGGGAUAUAUCCGAUUGCGAGCGUACGAGUCGAGAAGAGCCAUCUGCUUAUGCCACGGAUGGGUUCGAACUGCGAAGCACAGGAUUCGGAAGCGUGCCUGCUACUGAUUCACUUGGGUCAGAGUCCUGCAUCGCAAAAGCAUUUGGACACGAGGCUAGGAUAUGGGGCGCCCAUUUCCUACCUCUCACGAUGAAUAAUCGGGGUUGCAGCCUGAUAUCGCGCGGCGAAGAUGUCGCUUGCAUACUGUGGGACUUGAACUGGGAAGAGUCUCCCUCAGGUGCGGAGAAUUUCCGGCUACAACAAAGAUCAUCGUUUCACCAGCACUCCGGGAAGCAUAUAUGGAGCCUUGACAAGUGCAGUAUUGGUGUAGAUGCUAUUGUUUAUACCGGGGGUGCAGAUGGCGCUCUGAAGACUUCGUGGAUGAGUGGGAAUAAGACCGGCGAGGUUAAAGAUGAAGGUCGCAAAGGAAAGUAUUCGGUGAUCCCGGCCAACGAUCAGGCCGAAACUGACAGCCGGCUGAGGACAUUUUCGUUCAUAGCUAGUGACUGUUUCCUUGCGAUUUCGCUUAGCGGCGAGGUCAAACUGGGCUGGAUCAAAUCCGGGAUGAUCAAGUCCGAGAGUGGAAUGAAGCCAGAUAUCAUCUGGGAAACUAUCUGUGUCGAGAAAGAUCUUUGCUCGUUUUCUAUCAUUUCGGCCCUGCCUGAGAAGGGGAUGGCAUUGUUGAGCAAUAUCCAAGGCCUUAUCCGUCUAUACGAUCACCGGUCGAAAUCUCUUUUCACAGUUGCGCAGGCUGAACGACCACAGGAAAUACACUUCCUUCUUCCAAAAUCCGAUUCCUCGUCUGCAGAUGUGCCUGAUACGCUGUACUUUGUCACAUACAAUCCAGUAGCAGACCAGACGAAGUUCUUCAAGGUCGGCAAAUGGCAAACAGAGACACCACAUGUAGAACAAUUCACACUGGCCUUACUUCCUCCAUUCUGGGCAAGUUGUGCCUCUUUCAUAUGUGGCAAGCAGUAUAUUGCUCUUGGGUCUAGAGGGGGUGCAUUUGUUAUCUACCGAUUUCCAGACCCUAGCCAGUCUAAACAGCCCUUACAGCCUCUAAUCUCUCUCCGCCGCGUGCAUGGAAAAGCCAGCAUCAACCUCAUUAUGUCCAUAGCAUCAUUUCCCGACGACCACGGCAUGUUGCGAGAAUAUAUCUUGACUUGUGGCCGCGAUGGUGCCUACUGUCUCCAUGAAAUACAAACGACCAACGACCCGACGAAGCCAGUGUUGCUUACAACCAUACAUCGCUCUUCAUCUCCAAUAACAGAUAUCGAACGCGUAUACUUCGACAAGACAUCACGGGACCUCAUACUGUAUGGCUUUCGAGGAAGGGAAUUUGUUCUAUGGAACGAAUCGACACAAUCCGAAAUAGCUUCCAUUGAGUGCGGUGGAAUCCGUCGAAGUUGGGCAUUUCACCCCAGUGCUGCUGAUACUGCUAGCCGUGGGUUGUUCUUGUGGAAUAAGACCUCGGAUUUCAAUGCGCAGUUCAUCCAGUCUAGUUCGCACCGUGUUCUCCGUGCAGGCGGGCAUGGGCGAGAGAUCAAGUGCAUGGCAGUCUGUAACCAUGCGAAGAGUGAUGGAGGCGCCCUGUUUGCGACGGGUGCGGAAGACACUGCAGUGCGUAUCUGGGCACUGACUGACUCAUGCGUCGAAGGCCCAUGGGGGAUCUUUAAAUGCUUGCGCGUAACGAAUAAGCAUACUUCUGGACUGCAGCAAGUAAGCUGGUCCAAGGACGGGAAGUAUCUAUUUACCAGCGGCGGAUGGGAGGAAUUUUUCGUAUGGAGAAUCCGCUCUAUUCCUGUAUUCGGUGCGACGGCGGAGCUGCUGGCGUCGAGUCCGAAGGAUGAUGAGAAGUCGGACCUUCGGGUAACGAGCUUUGAUAUGUUGGAUGUGGAAGAACAAGAGACUGAUCAGAGCAGCUUUCUGUUCUGCCUCACUUAUUCCAAUUCCACGAUAAAGAUUUUCCACUUCUCUCCGUUCGCUGAUCAGGGUCACUUCACGCUUCUAGCGAAGGGCACAUAUAUGAGUAAUUGCCUCACGCAGGUGCGGUUUUUACGAAGUUCUUCCUCGCUGAAUAUGAUAACUGCCGCGACAGAUGGAUACGCCACGCUAUGGAACUUGACGCCUGUCCUUGAACCCUUUUACUCUAUAUCUCCCCAGAAAUCUGUUUUGUCCACGAAGCAACCGUUCCGGGGCCUUGAGGUAACACCAGCAACUAUAUCCUGCGAGAAUCGUUAUCAGAUGCAUUCCAACAGCAUCAAAUCCCUAGAACUCGCUCGUGUGUCGGAUACGGCAUCCGUCAUCAUUGCCGGGGGCGACGACAAUGGCCUGACAAUAUCCCUUCUCCGUAACGAUGGUGCAUCCGCUGAAACGGAGACAAAGACGGAAUCGGAGAAUUAUGCACAUGUGACGACUGUUUCGGUCCCUGAUGCUCAUGCAGCGUCCAUCACCACAACUAAACUGCUAAGGCAGAAACUGAUUGAGACGGAAACUGGAAACAAGCGGACGGACAUCCUGUUUGCAUCUUCUGGAAAUGAUCAUCGCGUCAAGAUCUGGUCUGUCCAUGUAGAUCAUGAGAAGGAUGGACCGGAAGGGAUAGAGAUCAGGAUGGAUCUGGAUCGGUAUAGUCCUGUGGCUGACGUCGCUUCGAUGGAUGUCGUGGAUGAGGAUGCUAGCGGUUCGAGGCUGUUGGUCUGCGGUGUUGGUAUGGAGGCGAUGAGCAUGACAUUACCAUAG